GUGUGUGUGUGUGUAUGCACGUAUGCGUGUAUGAAUGUGUGUGUAUGUGUGUGUGUGGACCCCGCAGUGUGAACCCGCUCUGCAGCUCCGUGCCGCUUCCCAGCAUGGGCGACAAGAAAAGCCCAUCCAGGCCAAAAAGACAAGGCAAGCCCUCUGCAGACGACGGACUGUGGGACUGUAGCGUCUGCACGUUCAAAAACAGCGCGGAGGCUUUCAAAUGCAGCAUAUGUGAUGUGCGCAAAGGCACAUCUACCAGGAAACCUCGGAUAAACUCUCAGCUUGUGGCCCAGCAGGUAGCUCAACAGUACGCCACUCUUCCCCCAGCCAAGAAAGAGAGGAGGGACAGAUCUGACCGAGACCUGCCUGACGACGAUCACUACGAUAUGGACAACUCCGACUCGGACAGGCUGAGCAGUGUCCACCCUGACUCCGACCAGCCGGACAGACUGGGCCUGGAGAGCAGCCAGUCAGACAGAGGACACGUGCAUAAAGACAGGAGACAGGAGCGCGUUGGACUGGAUAAGCAUCAGCAGCUCCAUGUGGACAGGAGGCCUGAGAGACCAGGCCUAACCCAGGAGCUGCUGCAGCACGAAGCAGCGCAGAGGGAGAACCCACACAGAGAACUGAUGGACAAGCUUCAGCCGCAAAGGCAGCAAAUGGAUAAGGAUCAUCCGCAAACAGCGGGGGCUGGGAUGCAGCCGGCCGACAGGAUGAGGGCCGAGAAAGAGGGACUGAAGAAGGGCAAACUGGAGAGGACGAUGGCGGACAAACAGAAAGAGAGAGAAAAAGGUCUCGCGCCAAAUAAGAAACCUACAGCUAAGAAGAUGAAACCCAAGCUCACUCAUAAAGGACCUCCGAGCGAAAGAAACAGCACAAAGUCUGGCAAGUCAGUCACUAAGAGCAACAGAUCCCUCAUUUCAAGGCCUAAGCUGAAGAAUGUAGACCGGAGCUCAGCUCAGCAGUUAGCCAUAACAGUGGGCAAUGUGACUGUCAUCAUCACAGACUUUAAGGAGAAGACUCGUUCCUCCUCCACCUCCUCCUGCACUGUGACCUCCAGCGCUGGCUCCGAACAGCAGCAUCUGAGCUCCAGCUCCGAGAGCACGGAUAAGGGCUCCUCCCGCGCCUCCACGCCACGCCGAGACCUCUCCUCCGGACACAAUGAAGUCCUGUGACAGGGUGGAGGCCCAGAACCCUUACUCUCACCUUUACGAUGCACACAUAUAACUUAUACUCAUAAAAGGAUGAAGGAUCAUUGUCAUGCAUGGAGACCGUUUCCAUCUUGAUAUUCUGCCACAAGCUGCUCUGUGGUUUGACAGACAUUUCCCUGAGAGAACUGUAGAUUCAUAUUUCGUGGAGUCAGCAUUAUUGAGUGGAAGAAGUUGAAACCCACUGUAUAUGUUGAGCCUUAGAUCUCCGGUUUUGCAUAUUUGUUUUUUUUUCUCAACUGGAAAAGUCGCCCGUAUGGCUUAGAUGAUUCUCCAACACUCAUUCAAACAAUAUUUGAUGUAUAUGUUGGUUAGAAGGCUUCACAGUUGUGAGAGCACCAUAUUGUAGCACCGAGAGGCAGGCACUUGCUUUUUAUUUCUCCUAGUAAUCCCUGUAAACAUAGACUGCCACAAUAAGGACAAAUUAUACAUCACAUGGUAGUGAUAGUAACAUACAUUAGAAGUACAAACUAGGUGUGUCAAUUGGAAACAUUUUGGGGACAUUUUCACCUGGAAAAUGUUUACGUAUAAAUUAGAAUCAGUGGCACCAACAUUUAACAGCAUUUUCUAAAUACAACCCCAUUUCCGAAAAAGUUGAGACGCUGUGCAGAAUGUAAAUAAAAAUAGGAUGCAAUGAUAUGCAAAUCAUGUAAACCAUAUUUUUAA